UUGGUCUUUGUAUAUUCAUUUUUAAUUUUAUUCAUUGGAUUUUCAUUCAGUGGGACGUUCGUAUGAACCAUCUAUGAAAGACUAUGCCACAAGGUAUAGCAGAGGUGAGCCCUUCAGUCCAGUGGGCCUUGCAGUAGAUGGUGCCAGUCAGAUACAGCAGGAUAGAUUGGGUACCAAUCAGCCCCAUCCAUACUUGCCUCCGUUAAGCUAUAGCCAACCUCAUCAACUACAGCAACCUCCUCCAAGCACUGCAAGGCCACAGUUCUCCCAGUUGCCCCCAGUGAGUUAUCAUCAACCUUGUCAAUCACAGCACAACCAGCCACAAUUCUCCCAAUUACAAGCUUGCACAGGCUGUAACAGUGCAGCCACCUAAAGACAUAGCCCCAAAACACAAAAAGCAUGCAUCUUCCUUGAAACACAAAAAGAAUACAUCUAUGGGUCCUGCAGCUUCAAUAUAUGGAGGGGCACCCAGUCAUUCCCACUCGCAACAGCCCCAGUUGAGCCACAAUCAGCCAUAUGGUCUGCAGCAGCAGCAGAGCAUCAACCAACCCUCUCAAUUGCAGGCUGUUGCAGAUGGUGGACACUCACACUCACUGCCACAAGCAGAUUAUACAAGGUGCAGUGGGUAUGUGCCUUGGUGUCCAGUGGAUCCCAUGGUUGUCGGCCAUAGCCAAUCACAUCCCCAACAAUUCUCAUUGAGCCAUGGCCAAUCUAUUGAACAACAGCAACUGCAGCCACAGGCAAGCCCUUGCCAGCCUGAGUCAUCCCCGCUACAAGAUAAUGUUGAUAUUGAACAUUCACACUUGUCACUUACAGAUUCUGCCUUGAGGGGUAUUAGAUGUGCACUCAGGUACUCCACUGGCCCCACAACCAGCAAAUCUUACCUAGAAAAUCAGGAUCAGUUGGGCCCCAUUGAACUCCAGUCUGAGCAGAACCCACAGAGCCAGGAACAGCCACAUCAAAUGCCACAGCUCCCUGAAAAGAAGAAGAGGGGAAGAGGUCCCACUUGCUGCCUCAUCUUGAAUGACCUGGCAGAUGGUGAGCGGAUAUUUGUCCAUGACAACAAGCUCGGACAGCCUGUUGGUCCUGAGUCAGCCAAGCUAAGCAGCUUCCUGGGCACUAUAGCACGGAAUGGACACAGGGCACCCCUUAUUUUUUUUCACUGGAGGGCAAUGCCGGAUUCUUACAAAGAGGAAAUCUGGGAAUAUGUUCAGACAAAGUUUGACCUUGAUCCAAGUUGCAAGUCUUGGGUCAUGCAGUCUCUUGCUACAAAAUGGAGGGACUGGAAGGCAGAGUUAAAGGCAUCAUAUUAUGAUGCUCUUAAUACCGAUGAAGAGCGCUUGAAGGUAUGUGAUCCAAGGGUGGUUCCUGAGCAAUGGCCAAGCCUUAUCUCAUAUUGGAACUCUGAUGACACAAAGAAGCGUUGUGCUACAAAUAAGGCUAACCGUGCAAAACAGAAGGGUGGACAUGCAUCAGGCACCAAGAGUUAUGCAAGGAUACGUGAGGAGGAGCGAAACAAGAGGCCUGAUGGGAAGGAGCCUACUAGAGCUGAGCUUUAUAUAUUAACACAUACACGCAAGAAUGGGCAGCCUGUUGAUGAGACAGCGGCAGCAUUUAUUUCAAAACUCCGCAAACAAGCAGCUGAGAGACAGAAUAACUCACAAGGUAGUGAUGAGUCAAAUGACACCUUCUGUCAAGUUAUGGGAAAAGAAAAAUGCAACCGUGUGCAAACUUAUGGAUUGGGUGCCACUCAUACUGCUGUUUUUGGCCCAAGACAUAGUCGUGAUGACCUUGUGAGGAUGGCUUCUGAGGCCAAAAAGUCAGCAAAUGAAGAGGUGCGCAAGAUGGUGGUGAAAAUGGAGGCCAUGGAGGAAAAAUAUGCACUUAUGGAAACGUACAUAGCUAGAAUGAAUUCAAACAUGGAGAAGUUUCUUGAGAAGAUUGGCGGAUCUUCAAAAAUUUUGGGUUCUGAACAGGCUGCAGAUGCAGAGGAUGAUGCUUAGUGGACUUCACCAACAUUUUGUUGGACUUGGCUUUAUGCUGAUUAUAAUUGGACGGUGUUUCUAUGUUGAACUUUUGAAAAAUGAAUCAUUGAAUGCAGUUAAUUAAUUCUGAUUGAGUUGAAAUUAUGGGAAUCGUUUAAGUGAUAUUUGGUUGGGGACUUUGGCAGAAUCAAUUUGAUUAGAGAAGUUAUUUAUUAA